AUUGAUUUUCAUCUAAUAAGAGGACUGAGUGGGACUUAUUAUGCGAAGCGCAAAGUGGCAACUUUUUGAGGACAAAACCCUUCCCUGUGAUCUGUCUGGAGGCUUUGAUUGACAGGAGACCCACUGUUUUGUAGGCAGCAGGACGCACCUGUGAAAAUGCUGCCCCUGGACACCAGCCUCAAGAUCGAGGACCAUUAUCCACCGCUGCCCCGAAAUGGACGUGGGAGUGAUGCAGAGACGGCACAACCCGGUGGACAGCAUCUGUCGCAAGCUGCAGACCAUCCAGCGGUGGACCCAAGAGGGUGACUCCCCGUUCCAGAUCCCCCGCUUCCAGUCCAGCAGCUACGACAGCCCGCAGUCGGGCCUGCGUGGGAACCUGGAGGCCAUCCUGAAGAGACGGGCCGUACGCGGAGAUGGCAGCGAGUCCGAGGGGAGCCCGGGCAUGACUCCCACCAGCUCCCCUUGGGCCCACUGCCCUACCCGCACUCCGCUGCCCAACAACACGACGUACACCAUCUCCAGCACCCUGGGGGAGAGAAGAAACACGGGGCAGAGGCCGGAGAAGCCGUGGUCACGCAGUUGCUCCACACCUGCUGCUCUGCCCAGGGAGAGAUUCUUUAAUUUUUCCCCCUGCGCCACCUACUCCAGGCCUGACGGUGGUGCUGUCAAUGAGGACCGGCGGGGGAACCCCGCCCAGGGCAUGCACGCAUACUACAACCUCAACUUCUGCACCUCGGAUACAUCGGCCAUUUUGGACUCAGGUUCUGACCCAGGUUUCCCUGCCUUAGUGGUCAAGAGGCUGUCCAUGGGAGACGGUCUCCUUGACCGCUCAGAACACAGGAAAGAGACCAUGGCUGAGGUCAGUCUCAUCUGCGAAGAGGAUCUCCUGGACACCAUCUUUUACACAUGCGAUACCCAGCGCAGAGGCAGAGUGUGCGUGUCUCACAUUGUGGACUACCUGCGUCACACAACCAGCCGUGGCUCGGAGGAUAGCGGCCUGGAGGAGCUGUGCAACAUGCUGGACCCCGACCGCAAGGACGUCUCCAUCGACCUGGCCACGUACCAUGCCAUUAUGAAGGAGUGGAUCCAGGACUGCCGCAAUCAGGGGGAUGACACACCUGAGGAACUGCUGCAGUCUUUGACUAGAGACAGCCUCUCAGGGAAACGAGCCGCGGUGCUGAACAUGACGUCAGGCAGCCUGGAGGCGUUCGGGGGCGAGGCCUCUCGAGGCGAUCUUGAAACUUCAGACCUGGUGUACUGCGUGGCCGACCUGCAGUUUAAUAACCAGAAGUUGCAGGAUGAGGUCAGGAAGAUGAAGCAGGCAAUGGAGACCAUGGAAGAACUCAACCAGAAGCUGACAGAGGAGAAUGAGGGACUCAAGUCUCAGGCCAAAAUGUGUCAGCAUUUGGCGCAGAAGGAGAAGCUGCUGAAGGAGGAGAUGGAGGAGAUGAAGGCCACGCUGGGUGUCGUGGAGGAGAGCCGCACCCAGGCCACCGCACAGGUCAAGCAAAUGGAGCGGGAAAAUCAUGGUCUUAUUAUGAAGAUUUCAUCUCUUCAAGAAGAGAACAUCAAAAUGACCCAGGAGAUUGAUGACCUUCAGAAGAAGAUGAUUGAACUGUGUGACCUAAAUGCUGACCUACAGGUGCAGGUCCACUCAUUUGAUGGCAUUCUGCAUGACAGGGAAUCGUGUGUGCGAGAGAAGUGCCGGCAGAUAGAGGAGCUAAAGGGUGUGAUCGAGGAGUACUCGUCUGUCACUGAGUUGUUGAGAGCUGAAAAGACUAAGCUGGAGAACCAGAUGCAGAUGAUGCAGCCGGAUGUGGCAGCUGCUGGCCUCUCUCUCUCAGUGGCAUACAGACUCAAUCAAACCACUUCAGGAUCUCUACAGGCAGAACUUGCUAUUGCUCAGAGUUCUGAGCGUAUAUCCUCUCUCAGUUUUGCCUCACCGUUGGAUGAGACUUUGGACAGAGAGGUGCUGCUGCUUCUUCAGGGCCCCACUCCUGAGCAAAUGUCCAUCCAGUUCAAGAAUAUCCUCAGCAAACUGGACGAGGACUUUAAAGAGGACUGCUCCUGUGUGCUGUCCAGGCUGAAGCAGCUCCUGGAGGCACACUCAGGGCUGGACCCAAGCACAGAGCAGGAUCUUAAGGCCCUGCAGUCAGAGCUUGAGCAGAAGAGGAAGGACUGGGGACGCAGCCUGCAGCAAGUGGACCAGUACACAAACUCACUGGAGAGGGAGCUCAUCAAGAUGGCUAGCAACAUGCGAAGGUCUCGCACGGAGAUCCUGCACCUGUCAGUCAGGGUCCAAGAGCAGGAGAAUCAGAGGCAUCAACUGCAGGAGGAGCUGGAGCGGCUGCAAGCUCCUCUGCCUGAGGGCAGAGAGGCCAGCGCCCAGACCGAGGAGCUCCAGCAGCAGGUCAUAGAAGAAGAGUCUGAGGGACCCUCUCUGGGCUGGGAGGAGGAUUGCAUCCCUCAGAUCUCUUGGAAGGAGGAAAAGUCUAACAUCGGGAGAGAGGAUGAGCAGCAGUCAAGCUUCAGGAGUCCGCAAGAGCACCAGCUGAACUUCAGUACAGAGGAACAGGUUGAGCUAAAAUCCAGAACGGAAGAACAGGAGCAGUCGAACUCGAACAAAGAAGAGGGAGUCUCGGACUUUGAAGGAAACCAGUUUGUCGGUUCCACGCACGGGGACGAAGAUCGGGGCAUAUCGGGUUGUGACAGGCAUGGGAUGAGUGAAUCUAGAGGAGAGGGAGAGGGGGAGGACUUGAAGGACUCAAAGCACUCAAGCUUUCCUUCUUCCUGGGAAUCUCCACCAGGCCAAAGUGUCAACAGUGAGGAGCUGGAUGGUACAGACACACAGGACGCAGAUUUAAGCGUACAUAGUGAGCCUACCCAGGAGGCAGAUGGGCUCCCAGGAUGCACUGGGCCUCAGGACUCCCAGCAUGUGCCUGACCUUUCUCAGACUCCGCUUGUUGAAGCUCUGAACCCAGACCCCGGGCAGCCACAUCACACUUCCUCUGCGCAAGACCUGUCUCUAUCACCUGGACACGUGUCCUCUGAGCAAGACCUGUCUCUAUCACCUGGACACGUGUCCUCUGACCAUGACCCGGCCAUUUCUCCAGGACACCCUCGACCCGAAGGGGAUCUCACUACGCUGCCUGAACUCACCGAGCCCCAGCAGGGCAAAAUGAUUCCCCCUCUAGGACAGACCUGCCUGGUGUCGGCCUGCACGCAGGGGGAGCGGGGUAGAGGCGGAAGUCCAGAGGACGUGGCAGCGUCCAACAUGACAGAAGCUAAGAAGUGGUCCCUGGGUCUGCCAUAUGCUGUCACACUUCAGAGUGUCAAUCUGCAGUCUGUACCAGAGGAGGAGCAGGUGACAGAGGAAGCAGUGCAGGUGUCACCCGAGGAGGCUCGAAUGGCAGGAGCAGGCAGACAAGCUGGUGGAGGGGGCAGCCCUCAGUCUCUCAGAGGCUCUCCCCAGGUGGAAGAUGGACAGACUGAAACGUCUACCGAUGUGUCCGAGCAGGCAAAUGAGAAUGAGGCACUGAACUCCAGCUUUACAGAUGAUGGUUUAUCCCCACUGCUUGGAAGCCAGAAUAGCAGAGCAGCCAAGAAAGACUGCCUGACUCUGAGGAGUAAAUUUAAGAGAGAAUUGGAACUUUCUGGCAGCAUGGAGGCAAUCGAAGAGCAGAAAACGCAGGAGGAGCUUAGUCAAGGGACUGAGAAAGAAGAUGGCACUCCUCUCAAUUCUGAAGAUACAGCAAGUGACUCAAUGAAGGAAGAUAAAAACAGCUUGUCUCCUAGUGAUAAAGAGGUUGAGGGGGAGUUCCACCGCCUCUCUCUCGGCUUCAAAUGCGACAUGUUCACCUUGGAGAAACGUCUGCGCCUGGAGGAGCGCUCUCGCGACCUGGCCGAGGACAACCUGAAGAAGGAGGUGACCAACUGCCAGGGGCUGCUCCAGACGCUGCUGCCCCUAUGUGAAGAGGACAACAAGUCCAUGGAAAUCAUCACCCGACUGCAGAAGAACCUGGACAUCCUCAUUCAGUCUAUGUCUCGGGUGUCUAGCCGCUCUGAGAUGCUGGGAGCCAUACAUCAGGAGAGCCGGGUGAGCAGAGCGGUGGAGGUGAUGAUCCAGCAUGUGGAGAACCUCAGGAGGAUGUACACCAAGGAGCACGCAGAGCUGAUGGAGCUGAGGGAGACGCUAGUUCAGAACGAGCGCUCCUUUGGCUCCAGCGCUGACAGAGAUGAUUUCCGGAACAAGAAAGUAUCUGGAUCUCAAUACUAUAAGCCGUCCUCCCGAAGGGUCAGCAUUGCGGUUAUCCCCCGGAACAGCGGAGGCGCUGUGCACUUUGACAUGCCCAAGUCGCAGGAGAUGGCAGAGACAGAAGUGGACAGUCCUUCUCGUAGGAGCUCGUGGCCACAAAAUAUCAUGGCUGUCCGCCAUCGUUGCAGGAAUAUGACGGGGAAGAGCAGUCAGCAGCCCUGUUUAAACCGUUUUCUUAGCACCUGUGCAUGGACAGAGAAAGAUGAUCCCCCUCUAAUGAAAGGGCCCGUGGAAAAGGACUCCCAAUCGGAGGAAGAGAAGAAGGAACCCAACAGGGACAGGAGGAGCAGCAUAACGGAGCUGGGGAGUAGAAUCAAGUCCCUCCUGUCCUCAAAGAUCCACAGCCCAGACCAGGCGGCCUCCCGGCCGGAGGACGCGUGGCCCUCGCUGCGCAGGAGGGGCCGGGUUUGGUGGGUGCCGGUGGUGAUGGUGGUGUUGCUGGCGGCCUUCCUCGCCAUGCUCGCCAGCCUGGCGUUGCAGCCGUCGGUGGAUGCAGCUCCAGUGGGAACCGGAGACUCCUGGAUGACCAUCCAGCAGCUGCUGUGGCCCUACACCGGCCUGAGACACAACGGCCAGCCGCCUGUGUGAGAGACGGCCAGCCCCCCCGCGUACGGGGUGAGGCCAGCCUUGUGCUGGGGGACUGAGGGAGGGGGGCGGGGCCACACUUGCGCGUGAAGAAGCACAUUUAGUGCAUGAUGGGAAAGCACUUUGAUCGCACCGCGCAGCGCGUUCUACGGGUGCAGAGGACAUUUUGAACCACGCCCAGUGAGAGAUGUUCUCCUCACUGCAACACUUCCAAGUCAUGCACAUGAACUUUGCUGUAGUAAAACAGUCACCUCAGCCAUGCUGAGCAAUAGCGUUUCAAGCAACUGGCGUAGCAGGCCAAUCACGUCACAGUGGUCAGCGCGCUACUGUCCAGUCGCGUCACUGCGUGAUUACUGCCAAAUCAGAACCUGACCACCAGCGGAAUAGAGCUGGAGGUUCAUUUUUAACCGUUCUAUUGUAGAUUUGACUGAACGGGGUCAGAUACACUCCCUGUUGUGGGGUGUGCCUGCCUUUUUUUAGGCACGUCGUGCAGUGCAGUGCCCACUGAUUAAACAUCGGUUUUUAUUAAAAAGCAGUAAUAAAUAACCAUUUUAAGACCUAAGUUAUCAUUUUACUGUUUUAAUCGUUUAGAGUAUUGUGUGGGAAUUCUGAAUAUCUAUAAAUUGUAUAUACAUAUUGUUUGUUUGUGAUUUGUUAUGAGACACUUUUUAUUUUUAUUUUUUUUCCUUAAGUUGUUGCUGUGUUCUACAUUAUGGCGUUAUGCACUUCUGUACGUUCCGUGGCGGGAGAGAGGGAUUUGCACAAUAAAGCGUGUGAUACUGCUAAAA